AUGUUUGUGUCGGAGUGGUUUAUCGCACGGACACACACUGCUGUUAUGGAUGUUGAAUUCUUAGCAGAAAUGCGAUUUACGGACUCGAUUAACACCCGGCAACAAAUAUACCGUUCAUUUUAAUAGACACUGUAUUUUUCUGACAUGCAGCUACGUUUUCGUAGAGUUUGUCACAGUAGCUUCGAUCGUGUAAGUUAGCGUUAGACUUAUGCCACGAGAAGAUGCUAACGACUUCAACUGGCAAGACCCGUAAUGUUAGCGUCCGUGUGUUUGCUAAAUGCUACUCGGUGUCUUUAAUUGAUCUGUAAUCGUCUGUGUCCUUCACCGCAGCCUGAGAUCUGAAGAUCCACACAGGAUGCCUAACACCAGUGCAAGGCCAAAGCACAGCAGGAGGACGAGAAGGCGACGCAGAGAAGACCCUGCCAAGAACGAGCUGGUCUCUAGUUCCCUUGAAAGUGCCCAGCAGUGCCUGUUCAACCAAGAUUAUGGACCUGCCUUUGCACACUACCUUUUGGUCCUCCAUCUGGCACCUGUGUUUAAGGACGUUGCAAAGGACUCCUUCAGGUUCACUCUCUUCAAAUGGGCAGAGGAGUUGGACUCUGUGGGCCGUAUUCAGGACCUGUUUGACUGUUACGAGCAAGCACUCGAGCUCUUCCCUGCUGACGAGGUCAUCCUAAACAGCAUGGGUGAACACCUGUUCAGGAUGGGAUUUCGAGAUGAAGCUGCAGGUCAUUUUCACAAAGCUUUGAAACUGAGACCAGACUUCCCAGAGGCUAGAGAGAACUUCUACCGUGUUGCCAAUUGGCUGGUGGAGCGCUGGCAUUUCCUCAUGCUCAACGACCAUGGCAGGAACCAGAAGUACCAGCAAGCCAUUCAGAAGGCUGUUCAGAGUGGCUGCAACACUGUACUUGACAUAGGUACUGGCACUGGAAUCCUUGGUAUGUGUGCUAAGAAAGCAGGGGCUGCUGAGGUGUACGCCUGUGAGCUGUCGAAGACGAUGUAUGAACUGGCUUGUGAGGUGUUAACUGCUAACGGGAUGGAUGGCUGCAUCAAAAUCCUCCAUAUAAAAUCACUGGAGAUGGAAGUGCCAAAGGACAUUCCACAGCGGGUGUCCUUGGUGGUGACAGAGACAGUAGAUGCAGGCUUGUUUGGAGAGGGCAUCAUAGAAAGUCUCAUUCAUGCCUGGCACCACCUCCUGCUGCCUCCACAGACGGGUGAGAAUGAAUUCAGGGAGCAGUCUGCAACAGGACGCGUCAUCCCUGCUGGAGCCACCGUGUUUGCCAUGGCUGUUGAAUCUGCUGAGAUCCGCCGACAUCACAGGUUGUGUGUGUCAGAGGUGGGAGGCUUGUCCAUGGCUGCAGCCGGGGAGCUCCGCAGUCCUGUGAGCUGCAGCAUGGAGCCGGAUGACUCCAUGGAGCCGUACACCACAGAGAGGCUCAGCAGACUGCCUGGAGGAUAUAAAUCUCUCACAGAGCCCUUCACAGCUCUCAACAUAGAUUUCAAUAAUGUGACCGAACUGGAGGGUCUGAGCUCCAGGGAAGUGCAGCGGGUCUUCCUGCCUGUCAUUCAGGAGGGGGAGGUGGACGCUCUGGCUGUGUGGUUCCAGCUCCACCUGGAUGAGGAGAGCAGUCUGUCCACUGGACCCCAGGAGGACACCUGCUGGGAGCAAGCCAUCUACCCUGUCCACGGCACCAAGGGUUUUGUCCUGAAACCUCCUGACCAAUUAAUUGUGGAGGUCUCUUGUCGAGACGCCUACCUGAGGCUCUGCAGUGUCGCUGUGCAGAGAGACGGGCGUGAAAUCCAUCUGGACAAGAGUCCCGAACCGAGGUUCUCUGGGAAUCCCACGUCAGUCCCAAAUCCAGAAGCUGAACUGUGCAGUGCAUUAGCAGGUCUUCAGACUGGCCAGAACCAAACAAAAGACUUCUGCAUGCUGGAGUGCUCCGAAAUGGCGCUUCUGAACAACCAGGAUUACCAUCAGAGAUUCAGCGCUGCGUUUGGAAAACUCAUCUCUCAGCUGAAGGUCAGCUGCCCAAACCAAGAGCAAGGACCAGGAGUUCAGUCGAACCUCGUCGACGAUGCUAACUCGACAAACUCUAGUGACCUAAUGUAUGUGCUUGAUGUGUCGGAGGGCUUCUCUCUGCUCUCCCUCAUCGCUGCCAGCCACGGACACGUGAAAGCCUACAGCUCUGUGGAGAAGCACAAGCAACAGGAUGUGCUGAGGAGACUGGCCAACUCCAGUAACAUCGCCCAAGAGAACCUCGAGUUCUGGCUCAACAACAUGGAGGAUGAGCAGGGGAUGCUGCAGAGGCCUUCACGGGAGAAGCUGUGGACUGCCAUCAUCCUGGACUGUGUGGAGACCUGUGGCCUGAUCCGGCAGAAGUUAAUGGAGAAAGCCUCGCUGGCCAGGUGUCUGCUGGAAGACGGAGGACAAAUUUUCCCACAGCGGAUUGUAGUGUAUGGUAUGCUGGUGGAGUCGGACAUGUUGCUGCUGGAGAGCGCUGUGCAAGGUCACGAGCCCACACUAGGAUUCAAUAUCGCUCCCUUCAUCAACCAGUUCACUGUACCAGUCCAUGUGUUUCUGGACUUUUCCACGCUGGAGUGCAGGCAUCUCAGUGAGUCUGUGGAGCUCUUUGUUCUCGAUCUUAUGAAUGUCAACGCAAACUACACUAACAGAGAAGUUAAGGUCCAGGCCACAUCUGCAGGCAGACUUACAGCAGUCCCAUUCUGGUACCAGAUCUACCUGGACCAUGAGAUCAGUGUCAGCACGCUCAGCCAGAACUCUCACUGGAAGCAGGCGGCUGCGGUGCUGCAGCAGCCCCUGGAGGUGCAAGCUGGAGACUGGGUCUGUCUAGCUGUGAAGCUUCACAAGAGCACCAUCUCUAUAUCGGCCCAUGUAGCCGGCAUCUCCGAGUCAAAUGAGUAAUAGCCAAAUGUUCUAGUUUUGCAACUGGUAGAAAAAGUCAAGUUAAAAUACGAUGAUUGAUACAUGCAGUAUUCAUCUUCUCUUGGGAAUUGAAUCAAAUACUAGAGAUUCCCUUACUAGUAUCAUGUUGUGCCAAAAAAGGAUUUCCCCUCUACAGUGUUAUCUUUCACAGAUGCAAGACCAGUCUUCAAAUGUCCCUUGUUACCCAAACUCGGGGUCUCUGUUUUGAGAUUGCCAAAAGCUUGCAUGAGCUGAAGCUGGUAAAUCAGUCACAAAGAUGUUUUUUUAAUAAUGUCAUGUUUUUAUUUGUAAAAAAAAAAAAAGGACAUUUGGAAGUUGUACUUAUAAAUACAAUAUUUAUAAGUAUAUCAAAUAAAUACCUUAGUUGUCUGUCUGUUAUUCAUACAGUUGUUUUUUUGUAACUGUGUUCUGUGUAAAACAGGACUAUAAAUGUGACAUUUCUUUAAAUAAAUGCAAGACAGAAGAUUGUUAAUCAGAUUUAUUGUAGAGAUUGUUUGAGAUGUACAGUACUGUGCAAAUGUCUUAGUUUGUAUUAGCAAUGCUUUCAUGACCAUACAGUGUAAUUAUAUCUGUAUCACUGUAUUGGUACACAUCUAGAGAAUGGGGGUAGUUUUAAGAUAACCCCUUUUUUCACAAUAGCACAACCCUGGCUCUGUUAAAACUGGAGCAGAACCCUAAUUAAUGUUAUUGAUAAAACCUAGAGAAAGAGAAAAAUCUGCUGUAAAAAAGGUCUGUUACGCCAGGUUUAUUCAAGCAUCACAUACACAUGUAGGAGUUGAACUGAUAAACACCAACUUCCAAAUACAUCAUUUCAAUCCAAAUGCCAAUGAUUUCAGACUUAGAAACAACAAAGCUGGUGGUGCCCUGAGACUUUUGCACGGUACUGUAUUUAAAUUGAACUGUACAACAAUGAUAUCUGACAUCAAUCCUGGCAGUUUUAUUCAAAAAACAAAAACAAAUAAUGAAAGGCAAAUUAAAUAUUUUAGCUGGACAUGAUGCAGAUCAUACAUAUGUAUAUUUAUGAACACGUCACUCCCGUGAAACCCACUGUGUAUUAAACGUGUCAAUAUCCCUGUACAUACAUAGUAUCUAUGUAAAUUACAAAGACACAUAAUCUCAGGAACUAUUAGGCAAAAUAAAUGGCUUUCAGUGGCACCUAGAACAAGACAUCUAAUAGAGAGUAGUAUGUUUAUACUAAACACUACAGAGUGACCUACAUGCAGUAGAGCAGUAUUUACUAGAAUGUGCUGAUAGUACAGUUUUAAAUUAAGCCGAGUGUUAAUGCAUUUUCAGUGUCAACACACAGGAAAUACACUGCAUUCAUUUUUAUACUGCAUAGUGAUGGUCCGAUACUUACUGAUACUUUUUUGUGUUCGAUACUGAUACUGAUUUCACAAAUUUGAGUACCUGGAGAUACUGAUAUCAGUCCAACACAGUCAUUUAAGACUUUUGUGCCAUUUCACAUCAUUUCAAAGAUAUAAUUAUUAAUUCUCCAACUUGGUAAGAAAUAUCAGACCAGUAUCAGGCCGAUAACAAAUAUUGUAUCUGCUCAUCCCUAAUACUGCACUGUCAGUUUGUUCUGUUUGGAAGGUUUAAGCAUCUUAACUGUGGAGUAAAUCAUCCCAAAUUGUGUUAUCCAGUCCUGAGCGGAUACAUACAGACUAUAUAAACUCAAUCUAAAAUCCUCA